AUUUUCUCUCGAUUUUGAUUGUCUUUAGGGGCCAAACGAAAGACAAAAAAACUUUUUUCUUUGAUAUAUGUUUUAAAUCAUGUUCUGUUGUGAUUUAUAGCAUUUUUUUCGAAUUUAGAAUUUGAUCCAAGUUCCCUAUUUUGAAUUUCCUCGUUUAUGACACAUUCCAAUAAUUUGGCCAAAAGGCCAUGCCAAACCUGAUACACAAAAAUGUUGCAAACUUCAGGUAAGUUAUUGACUGUUCCUGUUCGACUGUUGUCAAAUUUAUAACCUCACUUUUUUAAAUGAAAAUGCUGUGCUGAAUAUUUAAAAUGGUUCAAUUAACUAUUAAGCUAUUGGGAAAAAUUAAACAGGCAACUAGGAAAUAUCAACGGCUAGGUUUCAGAGACAAUUUAAGAAUCUAUGUACAAGGUGGACCAGGUGGAAACGGGUAUCCAAAGUUUGGUGGUUUAGGAGGCAAGGGAGGAGAUGUUAUUGCUGUAGGCAAAGAAAACAUCACACUGGAACAUGUCUUUAAAUCAAAUAAAUCAAAAAGGUAUAUCGCAAAAGGAGGAAGACAUUCCACACAUAAUUUUAUAAUAGGGCAGCCUGGGGAAGAUAUUAAAUUUGAUGUACCAGUAGGAGUUAUACUAGACACUGAACUUGGUAAAAGAUUAGGUGAAGUAAAUAAUGAGGGAGAAGAAAUAAUAUUAGCCAAAGGAGGCACUGGAGGCCACAGUAAAAAUGGUUUUUUGGGAACCAAAGGACAAGCCUACUCAGUAAAACUUGAUUUGAAGCUAAUUGCUGAUAUAGGACUAGUUGGAUUUCCUAAUGCUGGAAAGAGUACCUUACUAAAAGCUAUUUCACAUGCAAAACCUAGAAUAGCCAACUAUCCAUUUACAACUGUAAAACCUAAUGUAGGAAUCUUAAUGUAUCCAGACCAUCGACAGAUAUCCAUGGCUGACUUACCAGGUCUUAUAGAAGGUGCUCACCUUAAUAAGGGAAUGGGACAUCAAUUUCUUAAACAUAUUGAAAGAACGAAAUUAAUUCUUAUGGUGGUUGACAUUAAUGGAUUUCAAUUAAGUCCUCAGUACCCCCAUAGAAGUUGUUUAGAAACUGUGAUGCUUUUAAUUAAGGAAUUGGAAAUGUAUAACGAAACUUUGCUAUCAAAACCGGCGAUGAUGGUUAUAAAUAAAAUGGAUACUGAAGGGGCAGUUGAAAAAUUCCAGGAAAUAAAAGAACAGCUUAAACAUUUAGAAGGUUUCUUUAGCAACUAUCCAGAUAAUAUGAGGCCUGCUAACAAUCUCAAAUUUAGCCAAAUAAUUCCCGUAUCAGCAAAAGAAAAUCCAGAGGAUAUAGAUUAUGUAAAGGAAAGGUUAAGAAAAAUGUUAGAUGUAAUUGCCGAAAAGGAGGAAAAGGAUGAAGGCGGUAAAUCAGAAGAUGAUGUAGACAAUAUUCGUGCUACGUUAAAAGAAAAAGGACCUGCACUUAUGUAGUUAUUAAAUAUAAAUUGUGUAAUAAACGUUUUAAUAAAAUUCUGAAGCUA